GGAAACCGAACGCGCACCGUUUUAUCCCUAAUCCUUUUUCUUCCCCCUGUUCCCUUCUUCUCUGUAGUGUUAUUUUCCUGCGUUUUCACGGCAACCAAACGGCAAGGGUGAACCCCCCAAUCCAAUCUGGAUCAUAAUAAAGUUGCUGUUCUGUAUUCUCACUAAGGAAAAAAAUUGAGUUGUCAAAAUCAAGGAGAUCCUUUAACACAGUAUCAUCUAAGGACUCAAAGAUUUCCCAUCCAGAUUCGGUCCUGGUUACAUUACGGGAUGUAGAAGAUGAUCAAAAAUUAGAUGAAGAUGAUGAAGAAGUAGAAGCAUCAGUCUCAGCAUCUUACAAAAUCUCAACUUCUUCUUCAUGCUUCAUGCGUCGCCUCAGCAUCUCCAUCACUACCAUCUCUAUUUCCCACAAAUUCUCAACCAUUUGCUCUCUAAACACCGCCAGGUUCAUCAGACCCAAAUCAUAUCACACCCAUCCUGCACUACCGACAAUGAAUUUCUUGACUUCUUUGAACACCUUCUUCGACAAUGUGCUGGACCUGAACAGUGCAAACAAGUUCAUUCCCAAAUUGUUACUACGGGCACCUGUCAGUCAGCAUUCUUGGCAGCCCGGCUCAUAGCUGUUUAUGCACGUCUUGGCCUCGUGUUGGAUGCAAAGAAAGUUUUUGACACCACCACAGUUGAAGGUACAUCAAAUGUGCUCUUGUGGAAUUCAGUCCUUAGAGCUUAUGUCUCUCAUGGGUUUUAUGAAGAAGCAAUCCAACUAUAUGGCAAAAUGCGUAAACUGGGUGUUUGGGGAGAUGGGUUUACAUUUCCUUUGGUUAUUAGGUCCUGUGCAUUUAUAUCUAGGCUUAAGUUAUCCAGGAGUGUGCAUGGUCAUGUUAUACAUAUGGGUUUUCAGUAUCAUCUUCAUGUUAUCAACGACUUGUUGGGAAUGUAUGGGAAAAUUGGUCGGAUGGAUUGUGCUCGCCAGUUGUUUAAUAGAAUGGGUGUGAGAAAUUAUGUUUCGUGGAAUACUAUGGUCUCUAGCUAUGCCUUUAAUUAUGACUGUGAUGGUGCUACUGAGAUGUUUAGGAGGAUGAAGUUAGAAGGGUUUGUGCCAAACCCUGUGACUUGGACGUCAUUAUUGUCAAGUCAUGCUCGUUGUGGCCGCCAUGAAGAAACCUUGGAGUUGUUUGGUAGAAUGAGGGCGGUAGGAAUUGAAACUACAGCUGAAUCGCUUUCUGUGGUGUUAUCUGUAUGUGCUAAUCUGGCUGUGGUUGACAAGGGUAAGAUGAUUCAUGGAUAUGUUAUAAGGGGUGGUUUCCAAGAUUACUUGUUUGUGGAAAAUGCCCUUAUAUGUAUGUACGGAAAGUGUGGUGAUGUAGAAAAUGCUCACGAAUCAUUUUUGGGAAUGAAAAGCAAGAACCUGGUCAGUUGGAAUGCUUUGAUCUCAGCCUAUGCUGAAUGUGGUUUGUGCGAUGAGGCCUUUGCAAUAUUUUCUCGGCUGAAUGAACACCCAUUAAUGAGACCUAAUAUCAUAAGUUGGAGUGCUGUUAUUGGAGGGCUUUCUUCCCAGGGACAAGGAGAGGAGUCUCUAGAACUUUUUCGGCGGAUGCAGAAUGCAGGAAUAAUUGGCAAUUCUGUCACCAUAUCCAGUGUUUUGUCUGUUUGUGCCGAACUACCAGCAUUGAACCUUGGUAGAGAAAUUCAUUGUCAUGUGGUUAGGGCUUUGAUAGAUGGUAGUAUUUUGGUUAGAAAUGGCUUGGUUAACAUGUACACGAAGUGUGGAAGUUUUAAGGAAGGGCAUCUAGUAUUUGAGAGUAUUGACAGUAAGGACUUGAUAACGUGGAACACUAUGAUUGCUGGAUACGGGAUGCAUGGACUUGGUGAGAAUGCUCUAAGAGUUUUUUAUCAGAUGCUUGACUCGGGAUUAAAGCCAGACAAAGUAACAUUUGUUUCUGUUCUUUCCGCUUGCAGCCAUGGCGGGCUAGUCACGGAGGGUUGUCGUCUUUAUGAUCAGAUGAUUAGCGUCUAUGGUAUAGAACCCCAGAUGGAGCACUAUGCGUGCAUGGUUGAUCUUCUCGGCCGUGCUGGGUUGUUGCUAGAAGGAAGCAAGAUUGUGAAAAACAUGCCAAUGGAACCCAAUGCUUGUGUUUUGGGUGCUCUUCUUAAUUCUUGUAGGAUGCACAAGAAUAGAUACAUUGCUGAAGAAACUGCCACCGACAUUUUCAGCAUGAACUCUGACAUGACCGGGAGCUACAUGCUGCUGUCAAACAUGUAUGCUGCUAGCGGGAGAUGGGAGGAGUCGGCGAAGGUGAGGAUCUCAGCAAAGACAAAGGGUUUGAAGAAAAUCCGGGGCCAGAGUUGGAUCGAGGUGAAGAAUAAGGUUUUUAUGUUCUCGGCAGGGGAGACUAUGCAAGCAGGGUUGGAGUUGAUUCAUGGUAUCCUUCAAGACUUGGCGCUUCAAAUGGAGAGUGAGGGUUAUUUACACAAUGAAAGAGGGAUUCAACAGAACAGGCUACAAAUGUAAACAUAUUUUUCCAAAUGAUAAAUUGAAUUGUGUUAUUCUUGGUCAAUAUAUGUGAAAACUGUUUAUUAACUACUA